AUGGCUGAAGAAAUCAUAAUUGACAGGUCGACAUUUUUUCGCCGGCUAUCCAGUUUCUACUCUUUAUGGAAGACAGAAAAGAGAUCGGGUCACACUGUGUUUGGUGGUGUGGGCUCAAUUAUCAUCCUAAUGGGGAAAACUGAUGAGGCGAACAGCUUCCAAAAAAAUAAUGCUAUGCAUUUCUGGCUACUCGGUUAUGAGUUUCCAGCAACACUCAUGGUUUUCACGACUGAAAUGAUGUACGUUGUGACAACUGCAAAAAAAGCCAAGCAUCUUGAGCCUCUGAAGGAUGGCAAAAUUCCCGUUGAAAUCUUGAUCACUUCAAAAGAUCCAGAAGAGAAAGCAAAAUCAUUUGAGAAAUGCUUAGGGGCUAUCAAGAAUUCUGGUAAAAAAGUUGGUGUUCUACCAAAGGACACAGCAACUGGUCCUUUUGCAGAAGAUUGGAAGAGUGCGUUUGCAAACAUAUCGCAGGACAUAGAAGAAGUUGACAUAUCAUCUGCUCUUUCUUCUACAGCCUUUUCAAUAAAGGACACAGAUGAACUUGUAUCUAUACGGAAUGCAUCACGAGCAUGCAGUGGUUUAAUGUCUGAUUACUUCGUCGAUGAGAUGUCACGCCUACUUGAUGAAGAGAGGCAAAUGACGCAUAAAGAACUUUCCAUGCGCCUUGAUGCAAAAAUAGACGACAGCAAAUUCUUUAGCAAGCUAGCGAAACUUCCAGCCGAAUUUGACCCCCAACAAAUUGAUUGGGCUUAUGGUCCCGUCAUCCAAAGCGGGGGGAAAUACGAUCUCAAACUUACAGCAGUACCUGAUAAUAGAAAUCUUAGGCCCGGGAUAAUUAUCGCAGGCUUUGGGAUCCGCUACAAGACGUACAGCUCUCUUAUUGCGCGUACUUACUUGGUAGACCCGACCAAGUCCCAGGAAGCUAACUAUGCAUUGCUGUUGAACAUCCAUGAAACCAUUUUGAAGGACGUGCGCGAUGGGACAAUAGCUAAGGACUUGUUUAACAAAGCACUUAACUUGAUUCGCACAAGGAAGCCUGAACUUGAAGCUCACUUUAUCAAAAGUGUUGGCGCUGGCAUUGGUAUUGAACUUCGAGAUGGUAACAUGGUGAUAACUGGAAAAAAUAACAGAGUGCUAAAAAGCGGGAUGACUCUCUCCAUCUCAGUUGGACUCACAGAUGUGCAAGAUCCAAGCUCAAAAGUUGAUGGCAGCUCACUUUAUUCCAUGAUUAUCACUGACACUGUUCGUGUUGGAGAUAAUGGGCCACAUGUAUUCACAAAGGAUGCUGGUGUUGAUAUGGAUUCGCUUCGUGCAGAGCGACCCACCCAAGUCAAUGAGGGCGCAGAAGCUCGACGCCGAGAACACCAGAAAGAGUUGGCCUCAAAGAAGACAAAGGAAGGCCUUGACAGGUUCGCUGGCACCACGGGAGAUGACAAUGGAAUAACCCAGAAGAAGUUCAAACGGUUUGAAUCUUACAAGAGAGAUAAUCAACUACCUACUAAGGUCAAAGACCUCAUUGUUUACGUCGACCAAAAAGCCUCGACGGUGAUCGUUCCGAUAAUGGGACGACCGGUACCAUUCCACGUCAACACAAUCAAAAACGCCAGCAAAAGUGACGAGGGGGAAUAUGCCUACCUUAGGAUCAACUUCCUGUCACCGGGACAAGGAGUUGGUAGGAAGGAUGAUCAACCUUUUGAAGACUUAUCAGCACACUUUUUACGAAAUCUGACCCUUCGGUCUAAGGACAACGAACGGCUUGCUCAGAUUGCCCAGGAUAUCACUGAACUUAGAAAAAAUGCUCUGCGGCGUGAGCAAGAAAAGAAGGAGAUGGAAGAUGUGGUGGAGCAAGAUAAGCUUAUAGAGAUAAGAAACCGUCGUCCUGUAAAGCUGCCAGAUGUUUACCUUCGGCCUCCACUUGACGGGAAGAGAGUCCCUGGUGAGGUUGAAAUACAUCAGAAUGGUCUUCGCUAUAUGUCACCAUUUCGAAAUGAGCAUGUUGACGUGCUUUUUAGCAACGUCAAACACCUGUUCUUUCAGCCUUGCGCUCACGAAUUGAUUGUAUUGAUCCACGUCCAUUUGAAAACUCCCAUCAUGAUUGGAAAGAGAAAGACAAGAGAUGUUCAGUUUUAUCGAGAAGCAACAGAAAUGCAGUUUGAUGAAACUGGUAACCGCAGGCGCAAACACCGCUAUGGCGAUGAAGAGGAGUUUGAGGCCGAACAAGAAGAGAGGCGGCGAAGAGCAGCUCUGGACCGCGAAUUUAAAGCUUUUGCUGAGAAAAUUGCCGAUGCCGGAAAGGAUGAAGGCGUCGAUGUUGAUAUUCCCUUCAGAGAAAUCGGAUUCACCGGAGUUCCCAAUCGCUCCAAUGUGCUGAUCCAACCAACUACAGAUGCUCUUGUCCAACUAACUGAACCCCCAUUCUUGGUCAUUACUCUAAGUGAGAUUGAGAUUGCACAUUUAGAAAGAGUGCAGUUUGGGCUCAAAAACUUUGACCUGGUUUUUGUAUUAAAGGAUUUCCACAGGCCACCUGUGCAUAUCAACACAAUUCCUGUUGAAUCUCUUGAGGGAGUAAAGGACUGGCUUGAUUCGGUUGAAAUUGCUUUUACUGAAGGGCCACUGAACCUUAACUGGACGACUAUUAUGAAGACAGUUGUUAGUGAUCCGUACGGCUUCUUUGCGGAUGGAGGGUGGUCGUUCUUAGCAGCAGAGUCGGAUUCAGAAGAUGGUUCAGAGGAAGAAGAGGAAUCAGCAUUUGAACUAUCCGAAUCAGAGCUAGCUGCGGGGGACGAAAGUUCUGAGGAUGAAAGCGAUUUUGAUGAUGAUGCCAGUGCUGAGGCAAGUGACGACUUUAGCGCUGAUGAAGAGAGUGGCGAAGACUGGGAUGAAUUGGAGAAGAAGGCAAAGAAGAAGGAUAAAGAAAGCGGGUUGCAUGAUGAUGAACGUAUCAAGAAACGGAAACGGUAA